UGCUCUUGCAUGGGGCUGAGUUCCCUCCCUGUUGGUUGUUUGGCCUGAGGCAACCCAGCACUGCAGCCUGCAGGCUCUUUGGUGGGGCUAAUGGUGGACUCUGGGAGGGCUCACGCCAAGGAGUACUUCCCAGAACUUCUGCUGCCAGUGUCCUUGUCCCUGUGCUGAGCCACAGCCACCCCCGCCUCUGCAGGAGACCCUCCAACACUAACAGGAACCACAGGUUGCUGAGCCAGGAGGAGCCACAUCAGGACCUGACCAAGAAGACUGCACAUCACCCAGAAAUCUUGAACUUGGAGCAAUAACCACAUGAGUUGCUGUGGGGUUUCCCUCUGGGAAGGGGAUUGUGCAAUUCUUAUUGAUCUAUCUUCAAGUUUACUGAAGAUUUUUGCAUCUGUUCAUGAGAGAAAAUACAGAUGGGUGAAGAAACAGAGACAGAGAAUGGUGUUUAAUCUUCACUUCUUGAGACUUCUGGUUUUAGCUGUGACGUGUCAAGAGCUUGGAAGUCAUCACUCUUACCCUUACAUCAAGAAAAAAUAUUUAGAAGGCAUGGACCAUACUAGCAACCAACUCAUCCUAAUGAGCAAUUUAUACUACACACCAACCAAUGAUAGCAAAAGAUGCAAUAUUUUCAAGUGCAGGUAGAAUUUACAAAGAAAGUACAUCUGCUGGGCCAUAAAACAAAUCUCAGUACAUUUUAAAGGACUGAAAUAUGUUAGACUGUCUUCCAUUUUAUGGAUUAUCAAAAAAUCUAAGCUUACCCUUCAUCAUCCAAAGAGUCUCAAAGUCCAAAAAACUAUAGUAACUCUUCAUCCAGAAAAAAAAAAGACAAACUCAUAAAUAUAUUUCCUAGUUCAUGAAAACAAUGCUACUAAGAAGCUAUUUCUCUAGUUUCCUUUUCAAUUUCUUAAAGUUGCACCAGCUUUCCUUUAAACUCUGUUUAUGACAAGGGAACAAAAUAAUAAUUUCACUCUCGUAUAUAACUAAAUUAAGAGAAAACUCCAAGAGGCUAAGAGGUUGCCUGUUGCUAUAGGACUAUAUAACACUGAAAAUCAAAUACCUGGUCAUCCAGGAAAAGUGCCAAGAUUUCAGGUAGGCAUACCUGACUGCUAGGAGAGAGACCUAAUAGUAAACUAAUUAGAAUCCAUGUUAACAAGUAAAGGUUCAAGUGCAGUCUGUUAUGUAGAAGCUUCUUAUCCCUGCGGGAGCUGAUAGAGAGGAAAAAUACCUGGCUUCAGGACACUGACACCAACAUCCAUAACAGAAUUAGUACACUCUCGGUGAGGCCAAAGAGGAGCCCCUCUCAACUCUGUGAGGAGAAGUUAGAAGAGGAAUGGUAUCAAGGAGCAAGAUGAGAGUGAUGUGGGGACCGUGAACGCUCAACCUUGGGAAACCAACAUGUCUGACAAAAGUGACUUAAAAGCUGAGCUAGAGCGCAAAAAACAGCGCUUAGCACAGAUAAGAGAAGAGAAGAAACGGAAGGAAGAGGAGAGGAAAAAGAAAGAGAUCUUUGCUGUUACAUAUGCAGUCUUGAGUGAAGUAGAGGCUGAUAUGCAGCAGAAGAAAGAACCAGUUCAGGAUGACUCUGACCUGGAUCGCAAACGCCGAGAGACAGAGGCUUUGCUGCAAAGCAUCGGGAUAUCGCCGGAGCCCCCUCUAGUGCAGUCGCUGCAUUUUUUAACAUGGGAUACCUGUUAUUUUCAUUAUUUAGUCCCAACCCCUAUGUCUCCCUCCUCGAAAUCAGUGAGCACUCCCAGUGAAGCUGGAAGCCAAGACUCAGGCGACCUGGGACCAUUGACAAGGACCCUGCAGUGGGACACAGACCCCUCAGUGCUCCAGCUGCAGUCAGACUCAGAACUUGGACGAAGACUGCAUAAGCUGGGUGUGUCGAAGGUUACCCAAGUGGAUUUCCUGCCCAGGGAGGUAGUGUCCUACUCCAAGGAGACCCAGACUCCUCUGGCUACACAUCAGUCCGAAGAGGAUGAGGAUGAUGAGGAAAUGGUAGAACCUAAAGUUGGCCAGGAUUCAGAACUGGAAAAUCAAGACAGAAAACAGGAGGUGAAGGAAGCUCCUCCAAGGGAGCUGACAGAGGAAGAAAAACAGCAGAUCCUUCACUCAGAGGAAUUUCUCAUCUUUUUUGAUCGGACAAUACGGGUAAUUGAAAGAGCGCUGGCAGAAGACUCCGACAUCUUCUUUGACUAUAGUGGUCGAGAGUUAGAGGAAAAAGAUGGGGAUGUCCAGGCUGGAGCCAACCUUUCUUUCAGUCGUCAGUUCUAUGAUGAGCAUUGGUCCAAGCACCGAGUAGUCACUUGUAUGGACUGGUCUCUCCAGUACCCCGAGCUGAUGGUCGCUUCCUACAACAACAACGAAGACGCUCCCCAUGAACCAGAUGGAGUGGCCUUGGUUUGGAACAUGAAGUUUAAGAAAACCACACCAGAGUACGUCUUCCACUGUCAGUCCUCUGUGAUGUCAGUCUGCUUUGCUCGUUUCCAUCCCAAUUUGGUAGUUGGUGGGACUUACUCGGGCCAGAUUGUCCUGUGGGAUAAUCGCAGUCAUCGGAGGACGCCAGUCCAGCGGACACCCUUGUCGGCUGCUGCACACACACAUCCCGUGUACUGUGUAAAUGUUGUUGGGACCCAGAAUGCUCAUAACCUCAUCACUGUCUCUACCGAUGGUAAAAUGUGUUCCUGGAGCCUGGACAUGCUCUCCACUCCACAGGAGAGCAUGGAGCUGGUGUACAAUAAGUCCAAGCCUGUGGCUGUUACCGGAAUGGCUUUCCCAACGGGAGACGUCAAUAACUUCGUGGUUGGCAGCGAGGAGGGUACAGUCUACACGGCCUGUCGUCAUGGAAGCAAAGCAGGUAUUGGGGAAGUCUUCGAAGGCCACCAAGGGCCAGUGACAGGAAUUAACUGCCACAUGGCAGUGGGCCCAAUCGACUUUUCACACCUGUUUGUCACGUCGUCUUUUGACUGGACCGUCAAACUGUGGACCACAAAGCACAACAAGCCGCUCUACUCCUUUGAAGACAAUGCAGACUAUGUGUACGAUGUCAUGUGGUCCCCCGUGCAUCCCGCGCUCUUUGCCUGCGUGGACGGGAUGGGGCGCUUGGACCUCUGGAACCUCAACAAUGACACCGAGGUUCCAACAGCAAGUGUGGCCAUUGAGGGGGCAUCCGCCCUAAACCGUGUUCGUUGGGCUCAAGGUGGCAAAGAAGUUGCCGUUGGGGACUCAGAAGGCCGUAUUUGGAUCUAUGACGUCGGAGAGCUUGCAGUUCCCCACAAUGAUGAGUGGACCCGAUUUGCCAGGACCCUCGUGGAGAUUCGUGCGAACCGAGCUGACAGCGAGGAGGAAGGCCCCGUUGAGUUAUCUGCCUAGUGGAAAUGAGCCGUCCCCACCUUGACCUUCUAGAGCUCAGCAUCUGCAGUCAUCAAGUCCGCUUGUAUUCAGUGUCCAUUCAGUAUCAGUAUUGCCGUGACCCUUUGGGUGCUAUGUUGUGCCAGCUUUGCUCCAAGUAUUCCAGAUGUAUACUGUCCACUGACCUGAAAUUCACCAGAGCAUUUCUAUCUUUAUAUUUCUGUCUCAAAAAUGGGGGUGGGGAGGUGGGAGCCUUUUUGGGUUGAGUUGUUGCCUUUUAACUACUUAGUAGCUGUAUUUAAUAGCUGGAAACCUCUGGUUAAAUUUGUGCUUACACGCACUUCUGGCAUAGUCCUAUUAAAUCCAUAUGAAGCCAGAUAUGAUUAGGUGCAGAUGUGGUGUCAUGCUAUGGUACAGGGCCAAAGACUUGAGAUGUGGCGUUUUACACGGUGACUCACAUUAUGAAUGGAUUUACUAGAAGAACAUUGCUGCUCCUUAUUUAUUGUGGUGUGCUGCAUGGAACAUAUUUAUUUGAAAGCAUUAAAAUAAACGAUCCUAGAGCAUGUGCAUAAUGAGAGGACUGCAUUGUCUCUCUGUUGCUGUUGAGGUUACAUUAAGUUCCAAAUAACAAUUACAGUAUGCCGGUUCCACUGAGGACAUGAAAUCUUUAGAGGUUUGUUGCAGUGAAUGGAAUGAAUUUUAAUGCCUAUUAUUUCUAGGUACUUUAACAAUAUUUCAAAUAUAGUUGAUCAUUGAUAUUUGUCAUUCAAGCUAACCCAGUCUGACAAAAGUCUGUGGUUCCUAAAUAUGACACCAGUAUUGCCAAUAAAAUGUUCCAAA